AUGGAUUCCUAUAAUGAUUACGGGUCGCCAGGGGACUCUUACAGACGUAGGUCGCCUGUCGAGCAGGAUCGCCGCCGUGGACGUGGACGCUCCCGUUCCCCCGUCAUGAUCGAUCGCUACGAGCCCUCGGAUCGCCGCAACUCCAGAGACGACUUCUACAAUACAUCGCGAGAGCAUGCUGCCCGAGAGCGUGAAGACCGUCGUCGUGCUCCCUCCCCAAACGUCGCGAACAUCGACCGCUAUGUCCCCGGACAGGAGUCUGGUAAACGCCCGCUUCCGACAAACCCUCUGCCCAAUCCUCUGAACCUUGAUUUUCAAGUCGGAUUCACUUGGUUCGCCGAAUGGUGGAGAGCCGAACAAUCAGUGAAGGAAGAAAAGGAGCGUGCCAAAAAUGGUGGUCGUCGCCCAUUGGACCGUGUCAAGGGCGAGCGCGAGGCACGCGAGGACCGUGAUAGGGAACGAGCGCAGAUCCAGGAUGCCUAUGAUACAUACAAGGCCGACCUGCAAGUGAAACUCGCGAGGGUCUUCGUUCAGCAUCACAAAAACGCAGAAUGGUUUAAGGAGCGCUAUGUCCCUGAGGUCCGGGAUCCCAUCCGCCAUCACUUGAUGACCUUCCGCCGGACAGGAGCAUAUGAGCAAUGGAACAAUGAUCUCGAAGGGGGCAUGUUCGAUGACUUUACCCUGGAGGGUAUCUACAAGAAGGACAGUGAUGGUGCUGGGGGCAUUGUUGAAAAAGAGGAAGGCGAGACCACCGCUGUCGGUGAGACCAUGGGCGUUCUCGAUCUUCUGCCGGUGCGAGGAGGAGCGCUGCGCGAUGAGAGUCUGUCUCAACCCGCUCUACUCAUCAAGACUCUGGCGCCCCACGUUAGCCGAGAAAAGAUCGAGGCAUUUUGCAAGGAGCAUUUGGGAGAGGGUGAUGGCGGGUUCAAGUGGCUGAGCCUGAGCGACCCCAACCCUUCUAAGAAGUAUCACCGGAUAGGAUGGAUCAUGCUCCAUCCUGCGGGGGACACAACCGUUAUGGAGAGAGGAGAUGGGCGUGAUGAAGAAGGCGAGAUGGAUCACGAUGCCAGUGCUGACGGAGGUGCUACUACUGCCAGUGCGGCCGAGAAGGCUCUCGAAGCGGUCAACGACAAGACGAUCCAUGAUCCUGUUCACGGCGACUUUGUCUGCCAUGUUGGUGUACAUGCCCCGGCCUCCCAACCGAGAAAGAAGGCUCUAUGGGAUCUAUUUUCAACCCCGGAACGGGUUGAACGGGAUCUGGAACUGGCCACGCGACUGAUCUCCAAAUUUGAUACUGAGAUGGGAGAUGGCGCGGAUGGGCUUGCAAAAAUUGAAGAGCGUGUGGAGGACCUGCGUGGGAAAGGCUGGUUACAGCCCCCGGUCACCGGGCCCGUGACUGUCAAGAAGCGGAAGAAUGGUUAUGGCGACGAGGAAGAUCUGGAUGAAGACGAAAUGGAAGAGGGUGAAGAACCUGAACUUCCCGAAGAGGACGAGAGCGAUGACGAGGAGCUGCUGGCGAGGAAAAAGAAGCUGGACUUGAUUAUUGAAUACCUGCGACGAGUCCACAAUUUUUGCUUCUUCUGUGUCUUUGAGAGUGAUUCGGUUCACGAGCUCGGCCGCAAAUGCCCCGGCGGACAUCUUCGCCGGCCACGCUCCGGCCUCACCAGCCAGGCCAAGGAAGUUGCUCGUGCCAGCGCUUUUGGAUUGCCAUUCCCAAUCAACAAGAAAGAGCCCAGUGAGGACGGCGAGGAGCGUGCGUCACCCGUGCAGGAACGUCGUACACAGCGGUUUGCCUCCAAAUCCGAGCAACAGUUGCAGCGUGCAUUCAAUUGGGUCAAGACCUUUGAGGAUAAGCUGCUCCAGAUUCUCGAGCCCGAGAAUGUCGACCUCGCCAAAUUGGGCGGCAAGCCCGUGGAUCAGGCGGUCGAGGACGAGCUGUCUAAGUUUGUGAAAGAGGAGGAAGAUUCGAGAUACCGUUGCAAGGUGCCCGAAUGCGCCAAGCUCUUCAAGGCUGAAAAUUUCUGGCGCAAGCACGUCGAGAAGCGCCAUGCCGAAUGGUUUGAGAAUAUCCAGCGCGAUCUCUCCCUCGUCAACACCUAUGUCUUGGAUCCAGCCCGCAUCUCACCGUCGCGAUCAGACGCCAGCAGCAACGGGCACUUCCCUCUUGGUUCUGGCCAGGGCCAUAGUGGUACACCUCGUGGCUUUAGUCUGGCAAACAUACCUUUUCUCGGAAGCCCCGGUGGCAUGCCCGCUGGCUUCCCCUCUGGUGGGAUGCCCGGAAUCAUGGGCGCCGGCCCCGGUAGCUGGAGCGGAAACGGAAUGUUUCCUGGCGAUGGUACUGGAACACAUCAUCCCGGAGCCAUGCGUCGCGGCGGUGGGCGCCACAACCGCCCCGGUCCAUACGAUCGACGCCGCAACGACCGACUCAGCCCUCGUGCCAUGUAUGGCUCUGGCACCCGUCUCCCGUCGGCCGGCGUCAGCGUGCCUCCCGGACACCCCGCUGCAGCGAUGUUUCCCCCGGGCCAAUUCCCAGAUGCGAUGGGUGGCCCCGGCGGACCGCAAGGUGUCCCGCCUCGCGAAGCCGUGCAGGGUCGCAGUCUGAAGAGCUACGAGGACCUCGACGCGGUCGACGGCGCAGGCGGCGGUGAACUGAACUACUAG